AUGAAUUUGUUACUAUUGUCAACAGUUAUUGUGAUUCGCAGCGUCAAUUUUCUGGCGAAAUGUCAAGAAAAUGUGGCGCUAGGCAAAAUAGUUUUUGAAAGUUCAUCAGAAUUUCCGUACAAUGGAUCGUUGGUGGUUGAUGGGUUGUUCAGCCCUCCAUUCUGCUUCAAAUCACUUUCGUCUGGUUACCAGAAGAUUAUCGUUGAUUUGAUUUGGUUGUACCAAGUUGAUUUUGUUCGUAUAUAUGGAAAAACAAUAAAAAAUGAUUUGAAUGUUGGACUGGCUACUCCGAAAUCGAUGGUCAUCCAAUGUUACAACCUGACAAGUCGACUGAAUGAAAGAAAUGUAUUAUUUUCAUGUCCAAAUCCUGGAAACAUUAUCAGCAAAAAAAUUAUCAUCGAGCAAAACACCACUUCACCAGAUGUGAUGCUGGUGUGCGAGGUUGUCGUAGAAGGCAAAUAUUCUGAAGGUCGUGUCAUUAGUAACUGUUCCUUUUCAUUUUUAUUAAAUAAUGAUUUGCACAAUUAA